ACGAUAAAUUGUCGGUUAUACAUUCAAAUAAUUUAAUUAAUUGUUACAAUAUUACAAUUAAUUUUUCAUGUGUGUGUGAGUUUAAUUAUUGAAUAAUUCGUUUUUCCGAUCGUUAUAUUAUUUUAUAUCAAAUUAAAAGUUGAAUGGAUAAAUCUUCAGAGUUGGAUGAUAAUGGUGUGAAGUUAAUUAAUCACGUACAAGUAUGUACAUCAUUGCAAUAUAUAAAAUGUAUAGUAGUCCCGGCGAAAAAGUCGUCCUCCCACUACCAUUAGUUAGCACGUAUUUCCUAUACCCCCACUAUUCAUUUUAAGACGACAUUUUCGCCGGGACUAUUAUAUACUCAACGUUUUUUUUUUUUUAAUAUAUUUACAAGAGGCUGAUUUCACGGUUCAGUUGUUAAUUUUACGUGGGAUCUCUCGUAACAAAGCCAGCAUUUCGUCUUGUUUAUUAUUGAAAACAUUUAAAACUAACAGCAAGUGGAAUAGUUGGGAUUGAUAUCUAUUUAAAUAUAACAAUAAAAUAAUUAAGAUUUUAAAAUUAUUUAUUGUGUUGAAAGUGUAAUAAAUAUUUAAUAUGGAAAGAGGUUAUACGAUGUCUGAUGAAUAUAGAAUUGUUUACGAAUGGAAGAUUGAUAAAAAUAGAUCGUUUUAUUGAUGAUUUCGAGAGUAACGCUGAAUUUAUUCUUACGUCGCCGAAAUUCUCAACAGGAGCCAAAAUUAAUGAUGAAUGACACAUUCGUUUAAAUUUAUUUCAUGAGUUCAUAUCGUCGUGGUUUGAUCCUAAGUCGAAAGGGGUCUUCGCUUUGUGUCCUUUGAAUAGAACUAUUAAGAUGAACAUCAAAUGUUCAUGUUGGAUUUUAAAUAACGAAAAAAUUACAGUAUUUAAAAGAGAAGGAAAACGUUAUCAGUUAAACGAUCCAAUGAAUAUUUUGGAAAUGAACGCAAAUAAUUUAGUCGAAAGGAAAGAUGCAUACUUUCCCAAUAAUACUUUAACAUUUUGCCUUGAUCUUACUGUGUAUGAUACUCCUGUUUCAACUUCCACAAAACUUGAAUUAAAUAUUCCAAAAUGUCAAAUGUCCCACGAUUACUCAGAACUUUACAACACUAAGAUGGGAAGUGAUGUUAUCAUAAACGUGCGUAACACAGAAUUCCGAGCUCACAAAACUAUUCUGAUGGCACGAAGUCCUGUUCUCGCUGCAAUGUUCUCUCAUAAUAUGAUUGAGAAAAAAGAAAGUAAAAUAUCAAUACCAGACAUUGCUCCAGUGAUCUUCGAAAAGGUCUUAAAGUAUAUCUACACUGAUGAAGUAACUGGUCUGGAUGCGGAUGCUGAGCGUUUAUUAGAAGCCGCAGACAAAUAUCAGCUACGGUCACUUAAAGAAAUCUGCCAAGAAUCACUUAGUAAAACUUUAACUGUUGAAAAUGCAUUAAAAAUAAUGACUUUAGCUAAUCGUCACAGCGCCGAACAUCUAUUGGAAUUCACAAAUAAGUUUAUGGCAUCAAAUAUCAAAAAGAUUAUCGAGACUCAAAACUUCAAAGAGUUUAAAAAAUCAAAUCCUCCUUUAGCAUUAGAAUUAUUAGAAAAAUUUGCUUUCUCCAACUAGUGAAAUUAACUGACAAUUGAUCAUUGACAAACGAGCAAGUUGAUCAACAAAAAUAAUCGAAACACAGUACAAUAACUUGGUGCUCAACAAUAUUCCAUAAUUUAAAUUCUAUAUAAUCAUUAUUCAAUUACUUUAAACAUAAUCAUUUAUUAUUAAAAGUCUUAUAUGUUCUACUCAGUUAUCAUUUUAAUUUUUACUUAUUUUUAUUAUUUAAAUGUUUGUAUUUUUCUAACUAAAAAUAUUAAUGUAAUCCCAUAAAAUGUAAUAAAGUUUUUCUUAU